UUCACAAUGAAGCCAGUUAUACUCAGCAUGAGUGUCCUGCUCAUCUCCUACAUCUGUUGGGGUGAUCAUAUAUGCAUGUAUGUUUGUCUCGGCGCCUGCUUCGUGCUCUUGGCUAACUCAGUUCGCCAGGCGGGACGUGGCUUGUCCGAUGGAGAUGGCCGGGCAGUGUUAGUAACAGGUUGUGAUAGUGGAUUUGGACAUCACCUUGCAAAGAAACUGGACAGCAUGGGCUUCACAGUGUUUGCUGGAUGUUUAUGCCCUGAAGGUCCCGGAGCUCAGCGUCUGGUUGAAGAAGGCUCUGACCGUAUGAAUGUGCUCCAGCUGGAUGUGACCAAAGAUGAACACGUAAGCUCGGCCAAAGAUUUUGUGGAAGCAAACUUGCCAAAGAAAGGUCUCUAUGCUGUUGUAAAUAACGCUGGCAUCAGUGACUGGGGAGAGACGGAGUGGAGCAGCGCUGAGGACUUCCAGAAGAUGGCUGAUGUCAACCUGUUCGGGGCCAUCAGAGUCACCAUCCCAUUCUUGUCACUUGUUAGAGCAUCCAAAGGUCGCAUGCUAUAUGUGUCAAGUAUCUUUUCUUUCUUCAAUUGUCUGAACAUGGGAGCAUACAGUGUAUCCAAGCGGGGACUGGAAGCGUUUGCAGACUGCUUGAGAGUAGAGAUGGCCAGUUUUGGAGUUAAGGUCAGCAUUAUUCAACCAGGAAAUUUUGGUGGAGCCACAAACAUUCUUCGCAGGAAAACGCCGCAAGACAUAUGGGAUGGAUUUGACCAUGCGCGUAAACUAAAGUUCAACCAGAAAUACAUUGAUAUGGCAUGUGAAUACUUCCAGUCGGUGUGCGCUUCCGGGUUUAAGGAUUGCACUUUGGUUAUCGACGCCAUGCUACACGCUCUCACGGCUCCCAGACCUCGAACCCGAUACCUGCUGGUGUCCUGGACUGACUUGCUGUUUUUCUACAUAUACCCUAUUCUCCCCACAUGCGUCACUGACUCUGUGUUUCUAGCCAGUUCCAUGUACUACAAGCGUAAAGCAAUGCUGUACUCGUAAAUUACGAUUAUUCAUUAUCAGAAUAGGAGAGCUCUCUUUACAUGAACGACUCGGUUCCUAUUGUUUGCUUAAGGUUUCCUGGACCGUUAUAAUGCACUGAAACAAAAUAUGCGUUCUGUACAUCUUUCCCUUUUUUUGUCUGAGGAAAAUAAUAAAGUAGUUAUCA